CUCUAGAAUCACCUUCUUCUUCAUUCUCCAAUUUGUUUUUCUCUGCUACACUAGGAAAGUACUCUCUCUGAUGAGCAAAGUAGAAGUGAUCAGCAGAAAACUUAUUAAGAGCUACUGUCAUUAUCAUCAUCAUAAUCAUCAAUUAGUAAGAUGGAAAAUAGAGAGGAGGGUGCAUAUAGACCGUCGUUAGGUUUCCCACUUGGUACGGCUUCGUUGCUGAUUCUCAUUUUCAGUAUGAGUGGUUUAUUCUCUUGUUGUUAUCACUGGGAUAAAUUUAGAUCCCUUCGUAGAUCUUUUUCACGGCGUGCUGCUGACCAUCACCAUCAAGCAGAAGAAGAUAUUGAUCUGGAGGCUAAUAGUACUAACAAUCACAACUCAGUCAACCAAUCAUCGUCGUCAAAACCUUUCGAAAUCUAUCCCCAUGGGAACCAAAACACAAACGUAAGUAUGCCGGUAAUAAUGCCAGGAGAUAAUAUUGCAAAGUUUAUAGCAUUGCCGUGUCCUUGUGAGCCAUUUCGACCGGAUAAUGUCGUCGUUACAAUAAAAAGUAUGCAACAAACACCACUGCCGCCUCCUCCUCCUCCGCGGAGACCUGUGUACAAUCAUGCAUGUAUCUAGAGUUGGUGGGUACUAUAAUUGUUGUGAAACGAAAGAAGAAGAAAUAUUACGUAUCUAGAGCUGAUAAACUCUUGUCAUUGCCACUACCUACCGCACUAAAUCCUAAAUACAGUGGUUUAAAUUGUACUCUCUAUUCUGUGAUAUUAUCAGUACAAAAAGAAAAUGUACGAAAUGUG